GGGAAAGUCCAGCAGAUCUUCUCUCUCUCUCUCGGAGGCCUCUCUCCCCCUCAAAAUGGUGGUGGGAAGGAGGGCUGCCUGUUUGAAAGGGCAGCUUUUCCAUAGGGAAGGAAUGCCUUAUAACCAUACGGCUUUGCAUACAGAGAACAACUUGGAGCACAAGGAUGAAUUCGGCGAUGGACAGAGAUGAAGACAUCAUGGGAGAGGAACCCAAACCUCUCGAUCACUACAUACGGGAAGGGCUGAAGCAGUUGCACCAGGAACAACUUCUCUGCGACACAACCAUCGUGGCCAAGGGUGAGCGAUUUCCUUGCCACAGGAUGCUCCUCGCGGCCAUCAACCCCUACUUCCGCGCUAUGUUUUCAAACUGUUUCCGAGAGUCGCAGGAUGGGGAAGUUUUCCUGCAGGACAUAGAUCCCUCCGUUGUUCAAGCUGUGGUCAACUAUUACUACACCGAGGAGAUCGCGCUCGUGCCGGAGACGGCCGAAGGCCUGUUUGUAGCAGCCAGCAGACUCCAGAUCAUUCCUCUGUUAGAAAGUUGCUCCAGGUACCUCUUGGAGCACCUCUCCUCCGAAAACUGCCUCCGCCUCUACGAACUGGGUUACGCGCACAACGACCCGGCUCUCUUCCAAGAAGCCAAGGUCCUGGUCAACCUGUAUUUCAGACGCCUCUCCCAGGAGGACAAAAGCUUUCUCGACUUGGAACCCAGCACAUUAACCAACAUCAUCUCCUCUGACGGCCUGGUGGUCUCGUCCGAGUUCAUCGUUUACAGCGCCGUGUGGCGUUGGGUGAGGGCCCAAAACACCAUCCGUUUCCCCUUGCUUGGGCAGCUGAUGGCCUACGUCCGUCUCCCGCUAUUGACCCAAGAAGAGCUGAGAGAGGUCCAGGCCGAACUGACCUGCUUUCGGGAUAUCCGCUUGCAAUGGCGGCGCCUCAACCGGCAACAGCGGCUCCAGCAAAGCCGAGGCCUGCGGCGGGGGAUGUAUGCCAGCUGGAUCGUCUGCGUCGACCUUUUCAACAUAGAGGGUCCGGAGCUAAAAACGAAAGAUUUCCAAGUGGCCUGUUAUGACCCGCAAACAGACACAUGGGACAAGCUGCCCCUCUUAAAAUGCCUCUACUGCGCCCGCUGCGUGGCUGUGGGCGAAAAGUUGUAUGUCACAGGAGGGGUCCACACCAACAACACCCAUUCGGAUCAUUUGCAUGAAUUCAACCCGCUGAGGGGCCGCUGGACGCAGCUCCCGUCCAUGUCAGUGUCCCGAGCGUCCCACGGCUUUCUCGCUUGCAACCAGAAACUCUUUGCCGUGGGAGGCUGGCUCAAACACAAAGAAUACCUCGCAACGGGCGAGUGCUACGACUUAGCGGCGGGGUCCUGGUCGCCCAUCGCCAAGAUGCCAUGCAGCCUCGGCCAUUCUGCUUGCGCCGUGUUGAGGAACAAGAUCUACCUCAUCGGCGGAAUCACCAACACGGUGCGCUCGUGGUACGCCUCCCAGAAGGUCCUGAUCUACGAAAUCGGCUCGGAUGUCUGGAGCCAAGUCUUCCUCGAUAACGAGUGCUAUGGAUUGGGCGCCGUGGCCAUGAACAACGGGAUCUACGUGAUCGGUGGCUACUACUGCAGCUGGGUCAAGUAUCACAGCAAGCGGUGGCUGGAUGCCAGGAACCCCUAUUGCUCCCGGAAAUGCUUUUUCCUAGACGAAAACGGCAAGGUGGACAAGAGCGUGAGCAUCCCGAAGCUGCCAAUUGAGCUGGCCGGAGCCGGCGUGGUGCACUGGAAGCACCGCAUCUACGUCCUGGGUGGAGAAAACACCUAUUUGUAUAAAAACCUAGACGGAGAAAUGAAAAUACAGUAUUACAACACGGUUUACUACUGGGAACCCGGGGCUACAAAGUGGGUUCUGUGCCAGGAAAGGCUGCCGUUCACCCGCUGGGGUCUCAGCGGCUUUGGCUGCACCACCAUGAAGCUCCCCAAGAAGCCCAUCCUGGACCUUUUCCGGAAGCCCUCCGUGGCCCUGACCGCCAUCGAGGUGGCGAGCGCUUCCUGAUGACGCAGGAAACACCGCUCCUUCACCCUCGCGAAAUGGCUUCCGCGGGGAACACCUGAGAAACCCGAAGGCCCUUAAAUGUAGAGGUAUAAAACAGAAUGACUAGCACUUACCAACCUUCUAACUUUUUUUUUUUUUGUCUUCUCUGGUGUCACAACAAACUAAAAAUCCCAGUAUUUCAUAUGAUGGAGUCAUGACAGAUAAAUAAGUGUCAAACUGCAUUAAUUUUUUGCAGUGUGGCAGCAGCCUAGGUCUAAGACAAACCUGGGUCCUCCAGAUGUUUUGGAGUCGAAGUCCAAAACACCCGGAGGGUUAAAGUUUGGGAACGAUUGGACUGAUACCACGGCCGCAAUCCUGUAUGGUCAAGAAUAGCGUAGCUCUGCAUAGAGAAAUGCACCACAAAUGGACAUGCGCUGACCCUAAAAUGGCAUCCACUGAAUAAAAUCACGGUUUGCUCUCUGGGAUUAAUUUUUGUCAAGUGUUUUCAAGCCGUGGAUGGUCAAAUCCGUGGAUGCAGAGUCUGUGGAUACGGCGGGCCGACUGUUGAGCCGAAGAUGCCAUAUUUUUUGUGCCGAUUUUUGCAUAUUGGCAAGCCACGGAUGGUUGAAUACGCAAGUGAGAGACGGACUUAUGCCUGCUUAUACUACUGAA